UAUCAUUUAACACACACAUACCUUUAUUUAAACACAACAAUCCCAUUAUUUAAUCUUCCUUUAUCACCUCUUUUCUUUCCAGUAUUAAGUUUCCUCUUUUCCCUUAAUUUCCAAUUUCUUAUCCAUCUUCCAAAAAAAAAAUGAUGCCCCCUCAGCAAGAAAACACUACUGCUUCAACUGACAACAUUUCUAUACAAAUUGAACAACCCAAUAAUUACAACGUUAGCCCCUCUCUUGAUAACAAUCAUCAAUUGCCUCCCGAUAAUAAUAAUAAUAAUAAUACUAAUCAUGCAAUUCUUGUCCGAUGCUCCGUUUUACGCGAAUCGUUACGCCCCGUCACGCUUAAGUUCGAGGAUGUCUCGUACACAAUAAAGUUAAGCAGAAGAAGCGGAGCUACAAAUUGCUGUGCAUCUUCUCAGCCUAAGGUAACGCGUAAAUUGCUAAACGGCGUUACGGGCACCGUCCGGCCGGGCGAGCUUCUGGCGAUGCUGGGCCCGUCCGGCAGCGGCAAGACAACCCUACUAACAGCCCUCGCCGGAAAACUCUCCGGAAAAGUCUCCGGCACGAUCAGCUACAACGGCCAGUCCUUCUCCGGGAGCUGCAUGAAGCGGAAAACGGGGUUCGUAACGCAGGACGACGUGCUAUACCCUCACCUCACGGUUCUGGAAACCCUAACCUACGCGGCCUUGCUUAAACUACCGAGUUCACUCACUAAGGAGGAAAAAAUGGAGCAGGCUGAGUUCAUUGUGAUGGAACUCGGGCUGACCCGGUGCAGGAACAGUGUAAUCGGGGGCCCGUUGUUGAGGGGGGUGUCGGGGGGCGAGAGGAAGAGGGUGAGUAUCGGGCAAGAGAUGCUUGUGAAUCCGAGCCUGUUGCUGGUGGACGAGCCGACUUCGGGGCUGGACUCCACGACGGCGCAGAGGAUUGUGGGGACGCUCCGGUGGGUGGCGCGUGGCGGCAGGACGGUGGUGACCACUAUACAUCAGCCGUCGAGUAGGUUGUUCAGGAUGUUCGAUAAGGUGAUUGUGCUGUCGGAAGGUUGCCCGAUUUACAGCGGCGGUGCGGGUCGGGUUAUGGAUUACUUUGCGUCCAUUGGGUAUGCUCCCGGGUUUGAUUUCGUGAACCCGGCUGAUUUUCUACUCGAUCUUGCAAAUGGUGUGACACCAGACUCAAGACAGGAAGAAGAAAAUGAGUUGCAUGGAAAUGGGAGACAAGAUAAUAAGCAUGAUAAUAUUAUCCAAUCAACCAAACAAUUUCUGAUACACUCUUACAAAAACAACAUUUAUCCUCUUCUCAAGGAAGAAAUUCACCACCUCCCCUCCCAGCAUCAUAUUCAACCCCAUUCCACUAAAUCAUCAACCAGUUCAGACAAUCAAUGGACCAGCAGUUGGUGGUUGCAAUUCAGGGUGUUGUUAAGCAGGGGGCUUAAAGAAAGGAAACACGAGUCCUUUUCCGGUUUACGAAUUUUCCAAGUCAUGUCCGUUUCGAUUCUCUCCGGGAUUCUGUGGUGGCAUUCCGAUCCAAAUCACAUUCAAGAUCAGGUGGGACUACUCUUCUUCUUCUCGAUUUUCUGGGGAUUUUUCCCACUAUUCAACGCAAUCUUCGUGUUCCCACAAGAAAAGCCGAUGCUCGCGCGAGAAACUUCUUCCGGAAUGUACCGCCUCUCGUCUUACUACACAGCAAGAAUCGUGGGCGAUUUACCGAUGGAGCUCGUCUUGCCGACUUUAUUCGUAACAAUAACGUAUUGGAUGGGGGGAUUAAAACCCUCCUUAAUCACAUUCCUACUAACACUCUCGAUUGUCCUGCUCAACGUGCUCGUCGCGCAGGGAUUAGGGUUAGCCCUCGGCGCAGUUCUAAUGGACGUAAAACAGGCCACGACUCUGUCGUCGGUUUUAAUGCUUGUUUUUUUAUUAGUAAGUGGAUACUAUAUUCAGCACAUCCCGCCGUUUAUUGAUUGGUUGAAGUACGUUUCGUUUAGUCAGUUCUGCUACAGGCUUUUAGUUGGGGUGCAGUAUUCGGAAAACGAGGUUUACGAGUGUGGGUUGGGUUCGGUGUGUAGGGUGGUCGAUUCUCCGGCGAUAAAAUAUCUCGGUAUUCAUAAUUUGGCGGCUGAUGUGGCGGCUCUGGCGGUGAUGCUCGUCGGGUAUAGGGUGUUGGCUUAUGUGGCUUUGAGGCUGAGCCAGAAACAUCACUGAGUAGUUAGUUAGUUAGUUACUCUGUGCUAGAAGCUAAUAAUAAAGAUCUAAAUGUAUUUGUUGAAGUAAUUGUUUGAAUUAGAUUUUAGAUAUUAUUUUUAGAAUGUGUAACCUAAUUUAUUUAUUUGUGAAUUGUGUGCAUUGCCUUCUUCAUAAUGAAAUUCAAAAGCCUUUUGAGGAGGA